GUGAGCGCUGAAGUAACAUUGGUUCAACACUCCCGCUGUUAUUAGAACAACAGGAGUAAUUUUAGAAUUUCUUUCUUUUUUUUUUUUCACGGUUUUGGACUUGGUUUUUGUGCGACUUAAUGGGGAGCGCAUCUAGCUGACAGCCUGGCGCGAUGUCUUUUCUCAAGAGACUAUACGCGCUAAUAUUUUAUCAGAUCAAUUAAGGGCAAGUUACUCGAGCCUUCAUUUGUGAUGGCUUUCUUCCGUCAACUUCAACUGCUUCUCUGGAAGAAUGGGCUGGGCAUCAUCAGAAGACCCGUCUGGUCUGUCACUCUCAUUUUUUGGCCCAUUAUCAUCUUCAUUAUCAUUGCUGUCACUCGCUACCAGUUUCCACCAGUCCUGAGGCAAACAUGUUAUGUGGGACCUCGAAACCUGCCCAGCACCGGGUUCUUCCCUUUCCUGGAAACCCUUAUGUGCAACAGCGACAGCGACUGCCACAACACAUCCCGACUGUCUUACUCACAACCUCAGAGGACAAAAAGAUCAACUCAACAAUCAAAGGAAACUCCAUUGGCCAAACUUCUCCAAGGCCAAGAAUUAAUACAAUUUGCCAGUUUGGAAAACACUGAUCAGGAUCCAACUUUGUUGUUAAACUCUUUGUACAACAUUUUUGGUUCCUCUUCAGGACAGUCACUUAACCAUUCCAAUGAAACCAUGACAGGAGAGCAGCCAAUGGUGAAUUUGACAGAAUCCGCGGCCAAGCUGAAGUCUGUCAUCUGUACAAUUGCUCUUCCUCUGGUCAACACAUCCUCACCAGACCACACUGCUAAGGCUUUCAUCACUUUCUGUAGCUCCAAUAACACUGUAUUUGAAGUGGUCAUUAACACCCUCCACAAAGUAUUGAUUGAACUAAUGACAUCCCAACCAGAAGAACUUGCCAAUUUUGCAGAGAAAGCUGUAAUGUUUUUUGACCAGCUGCAAAAAGAGCCGUCAUUGUGGGAAAGUUUACUCACUCUUCCGCAAACAUUCAACCCCGCAUCACCCGACCAACUGUUCAGCAACCUGGGGAAACUGUUCAAAAGUUUACAACUACUUUUAAAUAUUACACAACAUAAUUUCCCAGAAAUCAAAGCCAACUUGUCAUCAGUUCAUCCAUUCCUUGUUGCAGGCAUCAGUAUUACUCACUACAUGCAAAACUGGCCUGGAAAAAGUGUUUAUAUUCGCGUUGGAGAUGUGGUGGUUAACAAUGAGACGCUCUGGCAGAUGGUGGGCAACGUAGAAUUAUCACUGGAUCUGGCAAUCGCUUUGGCAUUUCACAAAGAAAUGGUCCGUGACUUAGUGUGCAAAAACAGCUCAAAUCCGAUGCUGAUAGCCGCGUGUGCUACUGGUACUCUGGACAUGUUUCUGAACUGGGUUAGCCCUAAAAAACUGGAUCAGCAGAUACUUUUGGUAUGGAGUAAGUCUGUGUUUCCACAUGAUUUCGCUUUUGUCAAAGGGCUGCUCCACAGUCUGGGGGUAGAUUUUGGAGGUUCUAGGGUGUCAAGGGCAACUCACAGCAUUGAAGAACAACCACAAAACAUCGAGGAGGAACUGUUUUUGGCAGUUGGUAAAGUUGUAAUGGAAAUUCUACAGCUUUCUCCUGAGGUCAACGCCAUUCUCCAACACAUUCUCCGAGCUGGUUAUCAGUCAAUGAGAACGGGCACACAAGCUAUAGACACUGUUGAAGAAAUGAUGGAAAAGUUUGUGAAAGAUGUGACAACAUUUAAGAUGAUUAUUCAAACACUGUCAACCAACCAGUCUCAAACCACCAUCUGGAUGAACCAAGCCUUCAACAGUGUCAUUGAAAUCAUAGUGAAGAUCCUUGCUGGUGAGCCUUUAACAUGUGACAGCAUCUUUGAUGAGUUUGACUGGGUUUUCUCCAUUAAGACUGUAAAACAUGAGGUGUGGCAGUCAUUCUUCUGUGGAAACAUGUCCACCAUUGAACAGAAACUGCUGUCAGACUGGAUGCCUUUGAAAGAAAAUGUCCUGGCCCUUUUCAGUGUUUUUGUUGGCAACACAAGUUACGACAUCACACUUCCAAUGAUCCUCUCCGAGUGGCACAAGCUAUACAACAAAAGUCUACAUUUUGGAACAUUUUGGGAAGAACUCUCAGAUGAAAAGGGUGAAGCUUACUGGAUGGACUGGGUGCCGACGAACAGCAGUGCUAAUCACCUCACUGCAUCUUUACAACAAAGUGUGUCAAUUUUCAUUCUGAAGCUGGGAAAGAAGUUUGAACAAAGCAAAUUUUGGCCUGAGGCAAAGAACUACUUUUUCAUAGGAAACUGGAUUCUGAACUACAGAGCCGGCAUCACAACUGAACCCAACUGUACAAUAAAUAUGGAAACUUUUGCCAUUGAAUGUGAUGGUAAUUUCAAUUUGCAGCAGUUUGUCAAUGUAUUUUCACAAGCACUUAUGUCACCAACAGAAGAGCUCCUCAUCAGUUGUCUCAAAGGAAGUGUACAACUGCUACAACAUUUGUACAGUGGUUUCUAUGAAUAUCAAGCAGCCGCAUACUUACAUCAAGCCAUUGAAGGAGGCGACAUGCUUUCUGCUUUCUUGAGUAAUAUGUUAAAGGAAAUGAAUAACUUUGUAUUUACACUCACAAAACUUCCUGAUGAAAGUUUCACCAACCCUCAAGUCAUGGUCCCUCUGUUUCAAAAGUUACUGGAAUCCACAGGGCUAAAGCCAUUACUGCCCCUCAUUUUAGGCAACGGAACAGUUGAUAUCUCACAAGUGCUUAAAGUUGCAUCCCAGCUAGGGAGAUCCAACCAGGACAUUUUCAAGUUUAAUGAAUCUGACCCUACAAUGGCCGAACUGGAGAAACAUAUUAUGCAAUUUCUCUCUUUGGAGGGCAGGCUUUCCAUGUCUGUGUACUUUAGCAUGAGCCACACUCUUCUAACCUACUCCAGCCUCUUCAGUCCAGAGUAUGUAGCCAAGAUAAAGGAAGCCAUACAACCAUUUACAAAUAAGACAUCAUCUGGCAUUGUUGAGGCAAUACUGAGUGCUCUUGAGCUGCUGCAGACAAUAAUGGAUUCUCCAAGCGGUGACCCAACUCAUGUCGUCUUAGGGUAUAUCCGCCAGCUUCAAGGAUUUUUAGUGUCCCUGUUUCGUAUGCAAAUGACAGAACAGAUCACAUUAUCCAGUGGUCAAGUCAGUCCAGUCCAAGUCACCCAAUUGCAUCUUCUAUCAGAUAUUUUUAAUCUUCUGACUCCAGAGGGAAUCAUGAACCUCACUCGUGUGGGACCAGUGGCUGCACAGCACAUAAUCAUACAGAAAUAUAUCCAAUCUCUUCCAGCCCAAAUCCGCCCACAAGCUGCAGAGUUCCUGAAUGAAUUUGUGGCUUUGCAAAUUCAGGUGUCUCAAUGUGAAUCAGAUGAAGUCUGUUUGGCUGGGAUCUCUGAAAUGUUAAACUUUUUGGACCAGAUUUUAGACAUGACACUCAGUGCUAAUGGUAACGCUAGCAUCAACAUCGCAGCAUCGCAAAUGCACAUGGGAAAGAAAGAAUACAUGCCAGUGGCCUCUGCAUUUUUUUCUCUUCUUCUAAAACCAGAUGAGGCGGCCUAUGUGAAAACUGCUCAAGAGACCCUCAAAUUUAUCUCAAUUCUCUUAAAUCAUCAAAACAUCACAAUCAGAGAUGUCCAGGAAGCUUUGAACCAGACCAAUCUUACCAUUGAAGAGCUAAAUGAGUUUGCGAUGCUCUUAGGAACUAAAAAUGUUGAUGGCCUGAUAGCAAAACUUAACAAACUUCUCAAUGCCCAGAAAUGUUUUGAACAAGAAACAUCUCCAGAGUUAAUCGCUCAUUGUGCUGUUGAGAUGGUAAACUCCAUCAGUGGUUUUCUUAUGCAUCUCCCUGCUCUUCAAAAUGAGACAUCCAUCUUGUCAAUGAUUUCAGUAAUUGUCAAUAAAACUGUAACAGAGAUAAUAAAUACUAAUUUCACCAGCAAUCCACAAAACACAGUCACUGAGGCAUUGAAUGCAGUCCUUGUCAAUGUCAAGAUGAGUCUCCAACAAAACAACUUAAGCAGCCCUGAGAUCCUAAAUGAUCUUAAAAUCUUGGAAAGUCUUGUAAAAUUAGCCGCAAACCCAGAACCUAUUAAGUAUCUCAAUAUCCCAGUGAAUGAGUUUAAUGCAGGAGGUGCCCAGCUGAAAAUGGUCCUCUGGUAUUUGAAAAGACUUGAAAAUGUGACCAGCACCAGCUCAGUCUCCCAUUUCCUCUACCCGGUCUUCCGCAUGGCACAAAUGCAGGUUUCUUUGUCAUUGGCUCAGAUGGAUAUGAACCAGUUCAUUGGCCAACAGAUCUCAGACCUCAUCAAGAGUCUUCAGUAUCCAAUCGAUGCAAAUGGAGUCCGUAGAAUUGGCAACGCCACAAUAGAGAUCCUACAACAUAUAAUUAAUUUUGUAGUGACUAACAUUGAAGCUCAAAACAUCCCAGCCUCUGUUUUUGGCUAUGACCCUCCAGUUAACAUGACAUGUGUUAAAGCCACUGUGCUACAAAUUAAUAGCUACAUAAAACUGCUUAAGCAAUGGAUGAUUCAGGCUGACUUUGGUGCAGGGGUAAAUCAAAACAUUACUUCCAUAACUGUGAAUGACAUCUAUGACCUACUCCAAUCCACUCUUCACUUUUUCAAUGUGGACCAGCAAAACGACAUGAAUUUAAUCAGCAACAUCACCCAGGCUCUGAACAAGGCCAUCACGUUGGCAGAAAAGCCAAAUGGAUUACACAGUGACCAAUUCUUAGCGGCCAUGUUGGAAGCAGUGAAAAGUGUAAUGCAACUGGUGAUCCAACAAACUGGCCCUGUGCCCAACAACGUUCAGCAAAGUGUCCUGGAUGUGGUCAAAAACAUCGUGUGGUUGGCUGGUCAUCCCAAUGCGAGCUAUGCAAUGGCCCUCAAUACAACUCUUGACACAAUACACAAAUUGGAACUCAUUUUUAAGCAGGUCAUCCCACCAGACAUUUCCCAGUAUCUGCUUGGUGCAUUAAAAAUCAUUGGUACAUAUUUUCAGUCUGUUGAAACAGUUUACGGGCCAGAUGGCUGGAAUGAAUUAAUUUUAAAUGAGAUGGAAACGGUUAAAAGCCUCCUACCACCCAACAGCACAGCGCAGCUCUAUGUUUCUACUAUUAUCAAUGUCACCAAAUCCAUCCUCCAUUCAGCUCAAGGCAACACAACACAAAAUCUCUUGUCUCAAGGCCCAUCUGAACUUUUAAAGGUUUUGAAUGUAUUUUGUCCACUCAUCUUGGGAGAGUCCUGUGCACUACCAAAUACGUCAUCAGUACAGGGCUUUGCAGAUCUGCCAAAGGUCCUGGAAGAGUUAAUGACCAAUCGAGCAAACAAUGAAACCUGGAUGAAGCUUCAGAAAAUGGUUGAAGUCUUUAUGACAGUCUUCACAGAGCCAGAGAUGUUAAACAACCUUACAUGCUUAGUUGAAAUGGCUGAAAAGUUGAGCAAAGAAGAUGUCAAAUAUAUGAAAGCAGAAACUGAAUUUAUUUUUAGCCUUCAAAAACCACUCAUGACUCUGAUGACAGAAAUUACCCGCUCUUUAAAUGGGAGUCAUUUCAACAUGUCUGAGAUCCCCAAAAGAUUGAUGCAGGCCAUUGAGCAGACAGUCAUUACAUUUGAAAAGAAUAAUGGCACCUUGAACUGCCAGAAAGCUUUGAAAAUAUGGGAACCAGUGAGAGUGGCGGCAGGAUUAAGCCCAUCCUCCAUGGCUAUGUGGUGCAAUGUUAGCCUGCAGCCUGUUAUAGAUGGCUUUGUCAAUGAAAUCGCCCAAGACCAACAAAACUGGACUUGCACAGAAAUGGGACCAAUGAAUAUAGACACUGCAGCUGCCAGGAUUGUGAAGUCGUUCCGAGCUGUAUACGAGACUGAUGUUACACAAUCACACGUGACCGAACAGUUCAUCGAAUCCAUCCAAAGUCAGCUCUCUGCUCUGUUUAACCAGUCUCUGAGUGACCAGGCAAAACUCAGUCUGUAUAAGCAGCUCCAAGCCCUGCAGACUCAAAGCAGUUUGCAGUCCAUUGAACUCAUGUCAGAAGAACUGGAAGACAAGUUUCCCUCCCUCAAACCACACAUUGGUGCCAUAAAGAAAAUCCUUACACACAUCUUGACAAAGUACCCUGAAAUGGAAGAGUCACCAGAGGAUUUUUUCAAAGAAGCGUCAAUGAUCCUACUGAACUCAUUCAAUGUCUCAUCAAACAGUUUCAACCAAAAGAUGAUGGGGAAUUUCACUGACAAAGUAUGGGUCGAUAUUGUGCUAAAAUCCAUUCAAACAGUGAUUGACAUGAAGGUAUUUGGGGACAAUCCGAUGUUAUACCACACUCUUGGUCAACUUCUGGCUUGCAACAGCACAAGAAUGAUCAUGAACAAAGUUGCUGAGAUGGUUUCUUGGUUUGCAUCCACUGACACAAACGGACUUGACCUAGUCAUUGAGGUUUUAACGAAAAUACAGAAACUCCUCAGCCCAUUUUUGUCAUUCCUAAGAGAUAUGGAUGUUGACCUGCCACCAAACCUGCAAGUUUUAGACGAUUUAACCGGCAAUGCAAUUUCAUUUAUUCGACAGCUGGUAACAACUGGAGGUAUUUCUAUGGCUGAUCAGUACAUGAUGCGAGGCCACUCUGUGUCAAGCCACAAUGCCACAAGAGUUCGCCACAGACGGGAAGCCGCAUUUAUGCCAGUGAGGGGUCCAAUGGAUGAUUUCAUAGACCUCUUCAGUAUCAACUAUCACUCCAUGUGGCAAGGCCUGAUGGUGCCACCCACUACCUCUGAAAUAGUGGAGACAGUCCAUGUGUUAUUUGCCAAUCCAGAUCUCGGGAUAAUUUUGAAAGGAGUGACAAAAGACUUGGUGUGGAGCCUGGAGAGCUCAAAGGAGGAGACCAUUGAUGCAGCGCUUGGGGUGGCUUCCUUGUUCUCAGUACCAGAAAUUGAUUUUUCAUCUUUGGAUCUCUGGAUGAAUGCUGUCAGCUUGCUCCCAGAUGGCUUCCCAUAUGUAUCUCUGCUGAAAGAUGUUGCCCGUGCCAUUGCCAUGGAAAGCGCAGAGAAUCUCAGGCUCAUGCAGGAGACAUUACAAACAGUGACUAUGAUUCUCCAGACCGACCUCACAGACCCACAGCUCCUCGAGCAACUCAAGCACCUGCAACAACAGGUGUGUGAUUUGGAGAAAACCAAGCCUCUUCAGAUUUUGGAGCAGGGUUUGUCCCUGGAGCAGGGAGAGUUCUGCAAAGGGAUAGUUCCAGGACUGCAGAUCUUAGCUGAAGGUGUACUGUUUAACAUCACCACUCUGGCUGACAACAUCUUUGAGAUAUUUGUGGGAGAACCAAAAUUCUACAACCUCAACACAAACUGGACAUCUAUAAUCACUGAGGGUUUGGGAUUAAAUAUCAGUGGUCUAAGUGCCUUCAACAUGACAAGCCCUGCCCCAGUUGUGACGAUCGGAGAGAUGGUGAGGAAUAAAACAGCAUUUAUGUUGGACCUGCAGAACUUGGGAUUUGCUCCAGAAGUUGUCAGCCUGUUGACACAGACCGUUUUGCCCGACAACAACAUGCAGAUUUUGUCCUGGUUGAUCAGCUUGCGCCGCUGUAACUCCUCAGAGCCUAAUAAUAUGACAGAGAGUAAAAAGGCCCUUUUUGAGAGUUUCUGCUCACUGACUGCACAACAGUGGUACAGCUUCACUCUUCUGAUGGCUCAGCAUCUCAACACAGAGAAGUUCCUCUACAGAAUGGUAUUGCCAGAGGAGAUCCAGAGCCUGGUGCAGACCAUGCUUCAAAUGGCCACCACCGUAAUAAACAUGAUGAAAGGGAUGCUGCCGGCCGUUCGUCAGCUUGAAGAGUACUUGAUAUCUAUUGAGAGUCUCCGCCUUGCAGCCAACAAUGAGUUUCGCCAGUUAUCACGAUCCCAGCGGGCAGUCAUGUCAAGCAAAGCCACGUUUGUCACCAUUUCUCGAGCCCUGUGUAGUAAAGGGAUGCUAGCUCUGUUUGGAGUGGCCAAAAAUCCCCAGUUCUCUAUGGCCCCUCCUACUUUUGAAAACAGUGCUAUGAAGCAAGAGAUGAUUGAGAGGUUUAAGAUUCCACAGGAUGCCACUCCAUUUUGCACCAACAUGUAUCUGGAUAUGGUCAACACCACCGGGGGAGCCAUUGCGUGGGCCUUCCUUAAACCAAUGCUGAUGGGAAAAAUCCUUUAUACCCCAGACACACCACAGACCCGAGCUAUAAUGACAAAGGCCAACAGCACCUUGCAGCAGCUUGCAGAUCUGAGACAUUAUUCUCAAGACUGGAUUAAAUCCUCUAACUACAUUGUGAAGUCUUCAGAAAUGCUCACCCAGACAUUGCCGCUGUUGCAGAAUUCCCUUGGCAAUUCCUUUGUGAAGAAUUUCAUUGAAAUGCAAACAGGCAUUAACGUUGACUCAAUGCAGGAAACACUCAACAACUUCUCAAAUAUGACGGUGAUGCUUGAGAAAAACAAAGAUCUUUUGGGUCAGAUCACCACACUGUCCACUCUGAUGGUCGACCUCUCCUCCUGCAUCACAUUUGACCGUUACCAAGGUUACAGCACAAAAGAGGAGCUCAAUAGAGAGGCCCAGGAUCUGGCUAAAGAUAGAAAUCUUUAUGCAAGUGUGAUCUUCAAGCUGCCUAAAGACUCAGAUUCCAGAAAGCGGCGAUCAGCCUCCAACACGACCGCGCUACCGCCGAAAGUGCGCUACACCAUUCGCAUGCACAUGGACAACGUAAUGAGAACAGAUCGUGUGCGAGAGCCCUUCUUCACUAAGGACACACACAUCUAUGCCGGGCAGACGCUGCGUUACAAUCGAGGCUUUAUUUACCUCCAGGAGAGCAUUGACAGAGCCAUUAUCGAGAUUCAGACCAACAAGACAGUCACAGACACGGCUGUGCAGAUUCAACCAUUCCCUUACCCCUGCCAUCACAGAGAUGAGUACCUAGAGGCCAUCUCCUUCGUCUUUCCUUUAAUGCUGAUGAUCGCUUGGGUGCUGUUUGUGGCGGAUUUUGUAAAGAAACUGGUUCACGAGAGAGAACUGAAGCUACAUGAGUACAUGAAGAUGAUGGGCGUACACCCUCUGAGCCACUUCUUUGCCUGGUUCAUUGAGUCUGCCUUCUACCUGGUCGUCACCAUCUUCUUCCUAACCUUGGUGUUGAAGUACGGGAACAUCUUACCUAACAGCGAUGGCUUUCUGCUCUUCCUCUAUCUGUGUGACUACGGCCUGAGCAUCCUGGCCUUCAGUUUCCUCAUCAGCACCUUCUUUGAUAAAACACACAUUGCGGCUCUGAGUGGCAGUCUCCUCUAUGUUCUCGCCUUCUUCCCCUUCAUUGUUGUCGUGGCGAUGGAGACGCAUUUCAGCUUCUCAGCGAAGAGCCUUCUGAGUUUGUUUUCUCCCACCGCCUUCAGCUACGCCAGUCAAUAUGUCUCCCGGUAUGAGGCCCAAGGAGAAGGGAUUCAGUGGAGCAACUCGUACUCCUCGCCCAUGGCUGGAGACACUGCUUCGUUUGGCUGGCUUUGCUGGCUCAUGCUCAUCGACACCUUUCUGUAUUUAAUUAUUGGAGCUUACAUCCGCACCGUUUUCCCAGGAAAGUCUGGUAUACCAUCUCCCUGGUACUUCCCAUUCACUGCAUCAUUUUGGACUGACUUAUGUGGUCACAAAAAGUCAAAAAGUGGACGCGGGCUCUUUCUUACCAACAUUAUGCACACACAACUGCCUGCAUUCCCUGACAGUGAUGAAAAAGGAAAAGUCAAAGGCCUCUCCUCAAGUACAGGUGAAAACUUCUCAGACCUGCCUGUGGGUGUGUCUCUGUAUGGUCUCACUAAAAUAUAUGGGCGUCAAGCAGCCAUUCAAAACCUUAAUCUCGCUUUUUACGAGGGUCACGUCACUUCACUGCUUGGGCACAAUGGAGCUGGCAAAACUACCACCAUGUCAAUCCUCACUGGUCUGUUCCCUCCAUCUUCUGGCACUGUGGAAGUCUAUGGCAAAGACAUGCAGGCUAACCUGGAGGAUGUGCGCUCAGAGCUGGGCGUGUGCAUGCAGUAUGACGUCCUGUUUGAGCACAUGACCGCCAAAGAGCACCUGCUGCUGUAUGGACAGAUCAAAGCCCCGCACUGGACCAAGAGGGAGCUCCAAGAACAAGUCCGGACGAUCCUGGAGGAAACAGGCAUGUACGCUCACAGGCACAAGCGGGUAGGAACCCUGUCGGGCGGCAUGAAGCGCAAGCUGUCAAUCUCCAUCGCCUUCAUAGGGGGGUCUCGUCUGGUGGUGCUGGAUGAACCCACCACAGGAGUCGAUCCCUGCUCCAGGCGCAGCAUCUGGGACAUUGUUAUCCAGCAUAAGAAAGGUCGCACUAUUAUCAUGUCCACCCACCAUCUGGAUGAGGCAGAGGUGCUGAGUGACCGCAUCGCCUUCUUGGAACAAGGAGGACUCAAAUGCUGUGGCUCACCGUUCUAUUUGAAAGACCAGCUAGGCCAAGGUUAUAAGCUAACUCUCACCAAGAAGACGCACAACAAAGAAACCAAACAGAUUGACAAUGCAGAGCUGAAGGCGUUUGUUCAAGCCCAUGUACCUGAAGCCCGACUGAAGGAGGCCCAAGGCAGUGACCUGGUGUACCUACUGCCCCCGUUCAGCUCCAACAGUGCCGCUUCGUAUCGCUCUCUGCUCACCGCCCUCGACUCUAACCUGGAUGCCCUACAGCUCGGGUGCUACGGCAUCUCCGACACCACCUUGGAGGAGGUGUUUCUUCAUUUGACACAUGGCAGCCCUGACGCAGCAGGUGAUGGUGAUCUCCCGACAAUAUCUGAAAAUGUGUCCGAUACUGACUCCAUAAACAGCUAUCCAGACUCAGAGGAAAGCAACUAUAGUGACACUACCUGUUUCACUGGAACCCAAACUGUGAGUGGUGUGAAGUUGGCCUGGCAGCAGUUGGUGGCUAUUCUAAUCAAGAGGUUCCACCAUAGCCGCAGAGACUGGAAGGGCCUGAUCUCCCAGCUCCUGCUCCCCGUCCUGUUUGUGGUGUUUGCCAUGGGACUGGGCACCAUCAAGAGCGACCUCAGGCAUUAUCCCGAACUGGAACUCAGCCCUGCACUCUACAACAUUGGACCCAGUUACUCAUUCUUCAGUAACCAGAACUCAAGCAAACUGGCAGACACCAUGCUGUCCUUCCCUGGCCUUGAUAAUGCCUGUCUUGAGAAAUCCAAUAAGGUUUGCAGAAGCAGCACAGGAGCUUGGGUUGAGGCGAAUAGCACUCAAAAGUUUGGCGUCUGUAAAUGUGUCCAUGAGAAGGAGGUUUGUGGAGCGGGAGGCUACGUCCCACCUCAUAAGAAAAUCCCAUCGUCCCAGAUCAUUUACAACGUGACCGGCCUCAAUGUGGAGAACUACCUGGUGGCAACAGCAGACGAUUACAUCAGAAAUAGGUAUGGCGGCUAUGAUUUUGGAAUGCCACUUCCAUCAAACCUAAAAAUGGAUAUGAAAACUGUGCCCAAGAAUCGCACUCUAUCCAAGGUUUGGUUCAAUCCUGAGGGCCACCACACCAUGCCAGCAUACUUAAGCAGCAUGAACAACUUCAUCCUACGCUCUAAUCUCCCUACAGACAAAGAUCCAAGCCAAUAUGCCAUUUCAGUUUCCAGUCAUCCCUACUUUGGACGAAGAGAUGAUGAAGAGUCAAUUGUCCAAGGCAUGCUCCAGAUCAUGGUAGCUCUGUGUAUACUGACGGGGUACUCCAUCACCACCGCCAGCUUUGCUACCUACGAGGUCAAUGAACACCACAGCGGCUCAAAGAGGCUGCAGCACAUCGCUGGAGUCAGUGAACCCUUUUACUGGGUGGUCAACUUCUUCUAUGACAUGGUCAUCUAUCUGAUUCCUGUGGCUCUGACUGCUGCAGUGAUUGCAGUCUUCCAAGUACCAGCUUUCAAUGAUCGGCAGAAUUUGGCAGCUACUACUAUGCUCCUGAUUCUUUUCGGGUUUUCCACGUUUCCCUGGAUGUAUCUCAUGUCCAGUUUGUUCAAAGAUGCAGAGAUGGCCUUCAUCAUCUAUGUUUGCAUCAACCUCUUCGUCGGUGUAAACACCAUCAUACCAACCUCCAUCCUCUACUUCAUGGGGCAGAUUACACAGCAAAAUACUGCGAGCCUGAAAGUCAUCUUUGACAGGCUAAGCUACGCCUUCCUAAUCUUCCCUCAGUUCAACUUCGGUAAUGGGCUUUUGGAGUUAGCGCGAACGAACAUCCAAGUGCAGCUGCUGAGUGGCUAUGGUAUUGAUGCGUACAAGGACCCUUUCUCCACCGAGGCCCUGGGCUGGAUGAUGAUCUCCUCCUUCAUUCAGGGAGUUGUCUUCUUCACACUGCGACUGCUCUUGAACAAAUACAUCAUGCGCAAAGUCAGAGGCCUGAUUCUAAGAAGAAAGGCAGUGCCUCUCGUGCCUUGUGUUGAGGAGGAUGAGGAUGUGGCAGCUGAGCACCUGCGGGUGUCCAGUGGAGCAGCGAGCUCAGAUGUGCUGCAGGUGAACCAACUAACAAAGGUCUAUCAACACCUCAACAAGAAGGUCCCUGCUGUGAAGAAGCUGUCCCUGGGUGUUCCUGCUGGAGAAUGCUUUGGUCUGCUGGGAGUGAACGGAGCAGGAAAAACAACCACCUUUAAGAUGUUGACGGGAGAUGUCAGCCCCACGGAUGGCACAGCACAGAUCAGGGACAGAGAUGGACGCCUGGUGGAUAUAAUAGAGUGCCGUAACCAGGGAGUGAACAUUGGAUAUUGUCCUCAAGUGGACGCCCUGGACGAUCUGCUGACUGGAGAGGAGCACUUGUACUUCUACGCUCGCCUCCAUGGCAUUUCAAAGAGAGACAUACCCGGGUUGGUGAACUAUUUAUUAAGGAGGCUGGAGCUGGACCACUAUCGAGACACCAUCAGUGACAAUUACAGUUGUGGCACCAGAAGGAAGCUGUCCACUGCUCUGGCUCUAGUCGGACACCCACAGAUCCUGCUUCUGGAUGAACCCAGCUCUGGGAUGGACCCAAGAACCAAACGCCACCUGUGGAAGAUCAUCUCCGAUGAAGUCAAAGGCAAAUGUGCCGUGGUCCUCACUUCACACAGCAUGGAGGAGUGUGAGGCUCUGUGCGGUCGUCUUGCCAUCAUGGUGAAGGGUCAGUUCCAAUGCCUGGGUUCCCUGCAGCACAUUAAGAACAGGUUCGGCAGCGGGUUCACAGUAAAGAUGUACUUGGCCAGAGCCUCUUGUGAUGCAGAAGCAAUCACUCAGUUCAUGCAGAGCCGAUUCCCCAGCACUUAUCUCAAGGAGCGACACUCAGCAAUGGUGGAGUACCAUGUGCCGAUAGCUCCAGGUGGAGUGGCAGACAUCUUUGGUCAGCUCGAGUCUAGCAAAGAACACCUGGAGAUCCAACACUUCUCUGUGAGCCAGACAACACUGGAUGAGGUCUUUAUCAACUUUGCUAUGGGGAACUUUGGGAUGGAAUCCAUAGAGACUGAUGAUAAGUUUGAUGAUGACAUCUCCAUGAAAGACAUUGAAGCUUAGAGUCGAGUCCUUUUGUGAACUGUACAUCCUAUGUAAAAUACUCCUGUGAUUAUGACAUCUACAUACAAUAUAUAUCUAUGACCAAUAAUAAUACAAAUUAUAUGACAUGUAAUUAUUCUUUUUACAAUUUGGUUUAUGAAAUAUAUAUACUUAUAACUGGGGAUUCAUGCAAUUUUAUUUUGAAAUGUUAUUAUGGAUAUAUAUGAUAAUUUAUGUUAGUAUUUCAAAAUAUAAUGCCAUACUACAUUACUAGGUUAUAUGCAGAAAUUUGCACCUUACUUUCAUAAAUGAAGACAUUUUCUUUGAGCACGUUUUUCACUAAAUCAAAUUUUUUUAUUGUAUAAUUUUCUUUUAUCAAUGUAUUCUACCCUAUUUUUAUAAUUCUAA